AUCGAAGAGAUAAUAAUGGAAGUUGGGAGCCAAUGAAAUCAAAACUCGCACGUAUCUGAAUCUUCUUCUUCUUUUUUCUUUAAUAUAAAAUAAUAAAAAUAAAAGCAUAGAGAAGAAACCAAAUGAGAACUACGAUUUAAUCGUAUGUUGUGAUGGGAGCAAAAUCUAGGGUUCUUUCUCAUUUCAAGAUCUCUUCCCGCGAUUCUUUAACCUCUCUCUCUUCUCUUUAAACAAUUUCUCCAUUUAAAAGAUAAAGCUUCUGAUUCCUUACAUCUCUCUCCGCAUCUUCUUUACUCAGGUUUUGCUGUUUUUCAAUUCCUCUAGGUACCGGUAGAUUGCUUGGGUGAUUUUGUGUGGGAGGAUUUUUCAGGGGAAGUUGCUACUGGCGAUGAAGCUGGUGCUUUACUGGUAGACCUCAAAUGCCGGACGAAGAUUUGAUCGAGCUUAAGUUCCGACUUUAUGAUGGAUCGGAUAUCGGUCCAUUUCGUUAUUCCCCAACUUCAACUAUAGCCAUGGUUAAGGAGAGGAUUGUUGCAGAAUGGCCUAAAGAUAAGAAAGUUAUACCCAAGGCAGCAAAUGACGUAAAACUGAUCAAUGCUGGCAAGAUUUUAGAAAACAACAAGACUGUUGGUCAAUGUCGAGUGCCUUUCGGUGAUCUUCCUAUAGGAGUUAUUACUAUGCAUGUCGUGGUUCAGCCAACUAUAGCAAAAGCAAAAGCAGAAAAGAAGGUUGACGAGACCCCAACAAAAAACGUAUGUUCGUGUUCCAUAUUGUAGGAAGGACGGAUGAAAGGUAAGGAAGCUUGAGAUUUGCCAGGGGCUAGUUCCAGCCAGCCUAAUUGGGGUCGCAUUAAAGUUGUAGCUUGCAAGAGAAUAUAAUAUCAAUGUAUUACAAAGUUCGAAUGCCUGAUUAAUUACAUGGUUCAUUUCUGGAUGAUCCUGCGUGUCAACACGAAUAUGUAAUAUCGUGUGAGUCUAUAGAAUGAGUAGUAGUCUGAAGUAUGUAAUGUAGGCAGGUUUCGAUUGUUUCAAAAUUAUUUUUACAGAAAGAGAUGAGGGGUCGACUUUGAUCCCAAGAUUUGUACGUCAUACAUCUGAAUUCAGCACGUGUAAAAACUAAACCAAACUGGACCUCCCAUAAUUUCUACAGUUAAUGUUUUUGAGUCUUUACUCUUCA